AGGACCGGUCGCUGAUUGGUUCAGUGCACUGCAGGAAUAAACACUCUCAGGGUAUAUAUAUUGCGAAGUUUGAGGAUGAGGGCACAGAUCCAAAAAGUCCCGCAGAUUGUGGAGUUUCUGAAGAAGAAGUCCGUCGGGCUGCAGCACUUCAAGCCGACCUCCUCGGUGUGCGUCCUGGAGGAGAAGGAUGCUCUCCAGGCUGCUCGCUGCCCGACGCACGCCGCCUCCAGAGCACUCAGCCUGGAGGACAUCCCCGGACCCACCAACUGGCCCAUCGUCGGCAGUCUGGUGCAACUUCUCCGGAAGGGAGGGCUGACCAGACAACACGAGGCUCUGGUUGAUUAUCAUAAGAAAUUCGGUAAGAUUUUCCGGAUGAAGCUGGGCUCCUUUGAGUCGGUGCACAUCGGCGCACCUUGCUUGCUGGAGGCUCUCUACAGGAAGGAGGGGAACUACCCCCAGAGACUGGAGAUCAAACCCUGGACCGCAUACAGAGACCUGAGAGACGAGGCGUACGGACUCCUCAUUCUGGAGGGGAAGGACUGGCAGAGGGUGAGGAGCGCUUUCCAGCAGAAACUCAUGAAACCGACAGAGGUGGUGAAGCUCGAUCGCAAAAUAAACGAGGUGUUGAUGGACUUCGUUGGCAGAAUUGGACAAAUAAACGUCGGUGGGAAGAUCGAGGACUUGUACUUCGAGCUGAAUAAAUGGUCGUUUGAGACCAUUUGCCUCGUCCUCUACGACACAAGAUUUGGUCUCCUGCAGGAGAAAGUCAACGAGGAAGCCAUGAACUUCAUCACCGCCGUGAAAACAAUGAUGAGCACGUUUGGCAUGAUGAUGGUCACACCAGUGAAGCUCCACAAGAGCUUCAACACCAAAACGUGGCAGAACCACACGGAAGCAUGGGACCGCAUCUUCAGCACAGCCAAAGUCUACAUCGACAAGAAGCUGAAGAGGAACGCCGUCAGAGAUCCGGAUGACUUAAUCGGCGACAUCUUACACCAGAGCAGUCUCUCCAAGAAGGAGCUGUACGCAGCCAUCACAGAGCUCCAGGUCGGAGGAGUUGAGACGACCGCCAACAGUAUGCUGUGGGCUAUUUUCAACCUGUCACGUAACCCCGGCGCCCAGAGGAAGUUGCGGGAUGAGAUAAGAGCGGUGGUUGCUCCCGACCAGGACCCGUGUGGAGAGCACAUCAAGAGCAUGCCCUACCUCAAGGCCUGCCUCAAGGAGUCAAUGAGGUUAUCGCCAACAGUCCCGUUCACCAGCAGGACUCUGGACAAAGACACUGUGUUGGGAGAUUAUGCCAUUCCCAAAGGGACUGUUUUGAUGAUAAACAGCCAUGCACUGGGCUCCAAUGAGGAGUACUUUGAUGAUGGGAAGCGGUUCAAACCUGAGCGCUGGCUGCGGGAGAACAACACCAUCAACCCCUUCGCCCACGUUCCCUUCGGCAUCGGAAAGAGGAUGUGCAUCGGCCGCCGGCUGGCAGAGCUGCAGCUACAGCUGGCCAUGUGCUGGCUGGUGAGAGACUACGAGAUUGUUGCAACAGAUAACGAGCCGCUCGACGUGAUCCAUUCAGGACUUUUGGUCCCCAGCAGAGAACUUCCUGUUGCCUUCAUUAAGAGAUGAGGCUCCAUAUUCAAAUCUUGUGGACGUAGCGACAGAGAGACCUCUGUUGCCGAGGCCCUGAUGGUCCAGUGACUCCUUGUAUUGCUGCUCUGUAAAUAGACAAAAAAGACAUUAUUAUAAAUGUAAUCAUGCCAUAAAUACCUCAAACUUAUUUAAAACUAUUACUUAUGACUGAUAAUGACUGACCAAAAUACCAGUUGUCAUGUACAAAUUGAAUGUUGUACCAAGGCAGCUGUGUAUAUAAACUAUUAUUUGUCCUUGUUUAAUAGUUAUAUAUAUAUGUAUAUAUACAGUCAUGCAUAUGUAUAUUUUUCAUUGUGUAAAUAAACUGCCAUUAUAUUAUUAUAAUAUUGUACAUUGUUUUAUGUAGAGACAUAUUUUAUUCACUGAAAU